CGUCAUACAUAGGUCACAAAAAUACAUAAAAAACCACUACAAUACAACCCAAAAUACAUGUAAAAGGACCUAGCACCUUUGUUAGCUCUGCGGUAAUGCAAAGCAUCCCGUGGAGGGACCUAGCCUACCUAGGUAAAAGAGCCCUGAACCUCCCCCUUUUAUUUCACCCUUUCUGCCAAUACCGUAUAAUGAGAAGAUCGGCGGACCAGAAAUAUCAAUGGCUUUGUACGAUCGCGCUUGGCUUUUUCCCAUUUGUCCAAUGAUGCACGUUCAAAAUCUCUUUGAUCCGCCUGUCCGCCAGGAACCGCAGGGAUAGUGACUAUCGUUCUCCAUAUUAACCGUAACCUCGUACAUGUGCUCUGGUCUACUUGAUCUUUCCAAGAAAGAAACUGACAGGGACCAAAGACUGCGACGUGCAACAAUGACUGGCAAUCGUUCAACUGAUAUUUAAAGACCUAGAUACCUCGGGUUUGCCUUAGGGAGUGUACCUUUCUACAACAAACCCGAGUUGUAUAAUACAGGCUUCCUUGCUAUCAACCUCUAAGCCUUAUCAACACCCCACGAUCAAGAUACCAUUUCCGAAAUUAUCGUCAAGAUGCGUGUUUCUACUGUCCUAGCUACCGUGGCCGGCGCCAACCUUGCAUCCGCAGGAAUGAUGAAAAUCGCAGCCAAUACCGUGACUUGGGCCUGGGCGGUAACUGACUGGAACGCUGGAUGCCUAGGUGACACACAAUGCCAUUACGAUUUCAACGUGACUGCCGAGGGAGACGUCAAUGCGAAGCCGCCUAAGCCCUCUUUUGGGGCCUCUUGCAGUGGAAAAGGGGAAGGCGCCGACUACACUAUCUGCGAAGCGACCCGGGAAUCGGAAGCUCCAUAUGUUGUCGUUGCCAAACUCCUCCCACGCAUAGAAAACGCCACCGGACUGAUGCCCCCCCAAAUCCAAGUGAGCUUGAAGUAUACGGACCUAAAUGUAGCGACGACUUGGUGGAACUAUACAGGAAAAGCGGAUGCAGUGUACAACGAAGUCGGAAUCGAUACAACAGCGGCUCUAAGCUUCACGAUCCACCCUGACACCAUUUACGGUGUAGCAUAAGGACAAGGGAGGUUUAGGGACAGUGCAUGUGAAGUGUCAAGUGCAACCUCGUAACGCGCACUAAUGUUGGACUAUUGGCGUGAGUAGAGGAGCACAAGUGUUGCAGAUCGGGAGCGUGUCCGGGUCACAGCAACACACGUGGGAUGGGCUCUGCGGAUGAAGGAAAGGCUCAUCUUGAUCUGUAUCGGGAUGAGCUGUCAAGAACAAUCCGAGU